CGUGCGAGACGAGCGAUGUCCUCUCAGGUCCCUCAUAACAAUUUCGAGCCACUUGCGCUCGAUCCCCCCUCUCCCGAGGCCAAGAAAGCUGCCUUCGAUGCAAGAGUCGCGGCCAUGGAAUCUUUCUUUGCUCUCCCUCGGUUUGCUUCGACUACCCGUCCCUACACGGCGGCUGCUGUAGCCUCAAAGCAAGGAUCUCUUCCUCCUCUUCCUCUCCCGAAUACUCUGCUCGCGGAUAAACUGUAUGCUUUGCUCCAGCGAGCUUCCGCCCAAGGUCUUCCUCUCCAUACUAUGGGAGCCAUAGAUCCCGUGCAGAUGACACAAAUGGCACCUCAUCUUCCCGUGCUAUACGUUUCUGGCUGGGCCGCGAGCAGCGUAUUGACGACGGGCAAUAAUGAGGUCGGGCCGGACUUGGGAGACUAUCCUUAUACGACCGUUCCGAACCAGGUGCAUCGGCUGUUUCGUGCUCAGCAGUUGCAUGAUAAGAAGCAUUAUGAUGCGAGGGUGAGGGCGACGGAGGAGGAAAGGAAGAAGAUGGCGUAUGUGGAUUAUUUGAGGCCGAUUAUUGCGGAUGGGGAUACGGGACAUGGAGGCACUUCUGCUGUUCUUAAACUGACGAAACUGUUUGCUGAAUCUGGCGCAUCCGCAAUACACUUCGAGGACCAACUUCACGGCGGCAAGAAGUGUGGCCAUCUCGCAGGCAAAGUCACCGUCCCCACCAGCGCCCACAUCUCCCGUCUCAUCGCCGCCCGGUUCCAACUCGACCUAAUGCAGAACAUCAUGCUCCUCAUCGCCCGCACCGACGCCGAAUCCGCCCGUCUCCUCUCUUCGACCAUCGAUAUCCGUGACCACCCCUACGUCCGUGGCGUGGCUACACGAGGAGCCGAUGGGAAGCGCAGAAAGGGAUUAGCGGAGGUUUUGGAUGAGGCGGAGGCGAAGGGAUUGAGUGGGGCGGAGGUUGAUAAGUUGGAGACGCAGUGGUUGGCGGAGAGUGAGUUGUUGACGUUUGAUGAAGCUGUUGAGAAGGCUAUACAGUCAGCUAGCUCGAUUUCGUCGGACAGCAAAGCCUCCGUCUUGGAACAAUACCGCUCCGCAUCUGCUGGAAAGUCUAAUACCGAUGCGAGAGAAAUCGCCGCCGGUAUACUCGGAGAACAGAUCGACUGGAACUGGGAUCUUCCUCGCACUCGUGAAGGCUACUACCACACUACCGGCGGAGUCGACUGUGCCGUUAACCGCGCGCUCGCAUAUGCACCGUACGCCGACCUGCUCUGGCUGGAGUUGACAGAACCCAACGUGGAGGAGGCGCGUAUGAUCGCAAGGAAGAUUCGCUCGAAAUAUCCCGGAAAGUGGCUCGUCUAUAACCUGAGCCCAUCUUUCAACUGGGCCGCACAUGGUUUCUCUGAUGAGGAUUUGAAGAGCUUUGUCUGGGAGAUCGCUAAGGAAGGUUUCGUCCUGCAACUCAUCUCCCUAGCCGGCCUUCACAGCAAUGCCGUCUCGAUGGCGGAACUAGCGAACCGGUUCAAGACGGAUGGGAUGCUCGCUUAUGUCGAGACUGUGCAACGGAAGGAAAAGGAGAUCGGAUGUGAUGUAUUGACGCAUCAGAAAUGGAGUGGCGCGAACUACAUCGACGGGAUCUUGUCAACGAUAUCUUCGGGCUCUUCAAGCUCGUCGUCGACGGGGAAGGACUCCACGGAACACUCUUUCUGAUUCUAAUCCGACGUGGCGCGAGUUCAAGCAUGUGUAUAAUAUACAUUGUAUCUCAUAAUAAAUGCAAAAACAAACAUCGCUAUGUGGAC